GCCGGAUACUUCGCACACGAUCUACCCAUCAGGUUUCGCAACAACGACUUUCAGCCUCUGCAGAAGCUCUAUCCACCGCCAACGGAGGCCUUCUCCACGCUCCCCGUCCUGGCAAGCCCGCAGCCUCAACAAGCGCCUCAAGCUGCUCAAGCCGCUGCUGCGGCCGCUGCUGCUCAAGCCUACGAAAAGGCCCAGGCAGAGGCCCUGGCCAAAGCGGCCGCUCUUCGAGAAGCACAAGCUCGGGAGGAGGCCGUUCGCCAGGCUGCAGCGCAGGCCCAGCAGCUUCGGCUACAACAGCAGGCAGAG